AUGUUAAAAAGUUUCACAAUAAUUUGGGUCCUAUCAGUAGAUGUCAAAGAUGAUAAACAAAUGAUAAAUGGUGGUGAUGCUGAUUAUCGCGUUGAUUCUUCUUCCUUUUACAUCAUCGUUGCAAUACAAAGUAGCAUACCGCUUGUCAUAAGUGUUGAAAAAAGCACUGCUUGCUGCGAAGAUUCUUUGCCCAUUCGAACCUACGAUCCGAUCAUUGUUGCCGCGGCAAACCAGCAGAACCUUCGUUUCAUGCUUCCGCCGCCAACUUACCAGAUGCGUGCUAACGCGUAUAUCCGUAAACGAUCAUCAUUGGUUGAAGCACUAAGUAAUUCCUUGUUCUCAGAAACCGACGACAAUGAUGACGAUGACGAAGAAAGUGUUGUGGCGCCGGUCAAUGGUGCUCAUGACUGCGCGAUGAACUCCAUCUACAACGACAACAACAACGUCAACAGAAUGAUGAGUAAAGUGCUUCCGCCACCAUCGUGCCAGAAAUCGUCGUUGCAGGUGGAGCAAGUCUAUUCAGUGAAACGAGUUACAUGCAGCAAGGUUACCUCUCUUUUCACUCAUCUCAUCCAUCAUUAUCGCCGUCAUUAG